CUACCUUAUCCCUCUCCACAUAACGAAGAACUCAGUGAGAUAUGGAGCUCGAAUCAACCACCGCUAGACGCAGACUCGCCACAGUCGCCGCUCACUUCCCGCUGCCCACUAACGAUCCCGUCUCCUCGGCAUCGCUGCUUCCCUUGAACUGUAGCGGCAGUUUGAAUUCUGCCAUCAGAAGAUGUGACAACAAGCUCUCUUUUGCCCGGCAAGCGUCUUCUGAGCAAGGCUUUUUCAUGAGGCAGGCUCCCACAGUUACAAACGAGACUGGCGGCGGCAUCACUUUGAAGAACUCUGUCAUUAGAAGAGGUGACAGCAGGCUGUAUUUUGCUCGGCAAGCGUCUUCUGCACAGGGUUUCUUUAUGAGGCAGGCUUCAACCGAUGAGAGGGCUAUACCACAGGACGAUGCAUCUACCAAGUGCAAAACGAAUGGCUUACCUUCUUCGCAACAACCAUUGCUUUCCAGACCUGAGUACGCCCCACCACAGUUUUCCAAGGCCGCCGCAAAAGAUGAGUUCUUUGUUUCUUGUGAUUCACCAUGUCAGCAAAAGGAAGACUUGGAAAAGCCAUACAAACCUGACCUUCCUAAGUUAGCCAAUCUAGGGACUGUUUCGUCUCCGAGAUCAAAUGUUGCAGAAUAUGAACAUAACUAUGUUGUGGCAGUAGAGCUACCAGGUGCCAGUAUCAAUGAUAUAAGAGUUGAGGUCGACAACACAAACUUAACUGUGACAGGAAGACGCACAGCUGUCUGCCAAAAAGUUGAUGCAUGCACCAAAGGUUCAGUGUUUGGAUAUCAUAAGCAAGAAAUAAUACAAGGACCCUUCAAAGUUUCCUGGCCACUUCCUAGCAAUGUGAACAAAGAUAACGUUGCUGCUGAAUUUAUGGAUGGGAUUCUGAGAAUAGUGAUUCCAAAGCUCUGAGGGUUCAUCGUUCUGGAACCAUAUACAAAACUAGUAAAUAAUGUGUAUAAGAUAUGCUGUUUGUAUGGAAGAAGAGAAAGAAAAGCAAUAACUGAUGAAAGAUAUGUAAAAUAGUUUGGUCUUUUAUGUAUCAUAGAUUGCAUGCAGGCAUUGCUCUGUUGAUGGAGUAAGCCAUGUAAACAAUCCAUUAAUAUAAGAAAAAAAUAAGGCUUGAUUACUACCAAAAUCC